AUGGCGUCCUUCAGUCCUACCCAAAUCUUCGAGGAGGGCACCACCCAAGAAAAGGGUGAGAAUGCCCGCCUCGCCGCCUUUGUCGGCGCCAUUGCCGUCGGUGACCUCGUCAAGAGCACACUAGGUCCCAAGGGCAUGGACAAGAUCCUCCAAUCUGCCUCCACCGGCGAAAUCAUGGUAACCAACGACGGCGCCACCAUCCUCAAGGCCAUUGCCCUCGACAACGCCGCCGCAAAGGUGCUCGUCAACAUCUCCAAAGUACAAGACGACGAGGUCGGCGACGGCACAACGUCGGUCGCGGUCCUGGCCGCCGAACUCCUCCGCGAGGCCGAGAAGCUCGUCGACAAGAAGAUCCACCCCCAGACCAUUAUCGAGGGGUACCGGAUAGCGUCCAAGGCGGCCCUCCAGGCCCUCGAGCAGUCGGCCGUCGACCGCAGCGGCAACCCCGAGGCCUUCCGCAACGACCUCCUCGCCAUCGCGCGCACCACCCUCAGCUCCAAGGUCCUCGCCCAGGACCGGACGCACUUUGCCAAGCUCGCCGUCGACGCCGUGCUCCGCCUCGGCGCCUCCACCGACCUCACCCACAUCCAAAUCAUCAAGAAGGCCGGCGGCAAGCUCAGCGACUCGUACCUCGACGAAGGCUUCAUCCUCGACAAGAGGGUGGGCGUCAACCAGCCCAAGCGCCUCGAAAAGGCCAAGAUCCUCGUCGCCAACACCUCCAUGGACACGGAUAAGGUCAAGAUUUUUGGCGCCCGCGUCAAGGUGUCCUCCACCGGCAAGCUCGCCGAGCUCGAGCGCGCCGAGCGCGAAAAGAUGAAGGCCAAGGUGGAAAAGAUCAAGGCGCACGGCAUCAACUGCUUCAUCAACAGGCAGCUCAUCUACAACUGGCCCGAGCAGCUCUUCUCCGACGCCGGCAUCAUGUCCAUCGAGCACGCCGACUUCGACGGCAUCGAGCGCCUCGCCCUCGUCACUGGCGGCGAGAUCGCCUCCACCUUUGACCACCCCGAGCAGGUCAAGCUCGGCCACUGCGACCUCAUCGAGGAGGUCAUCAUCGGCGAGGACACCCUCAUCAAGUUCUCGGGCGUCGCCGCCGGCCACGCCUGCACCGUCGUCCUCCGCGGCGCCACCGACCAGCUCCUCGACGAGGCCGAGCGCAGUCUCCACGACGCCCUCGCCGUCCUCUCCCAGACCGUCAAGGAACCCCGCACCACCCUCGGCGGCGGCUCCGCCGAGAUGCUCAUGGCCAAGGCCGUCGAGGGCGCCGCCACCCGCGUCGAGGGCAAGAAGCAGAUGGCCGUCGCCAGCUUCGCCAUCGCCCUCCGCCAGCUCCCCACCAUCCUCGCCGACAAUGCCGGUCUCGACUCUGGCGAGCUCGUCGCCCGCCUCCGCAAGGCCAUCUACGACGGUCUCACGACGUACGGCCUCGACCUGAUGACGCCCGGCGGCGGCAUCGCCGACAUGCGGGAUCUCGGCGUUGUAGAAAGCUAUAAGCUCAAGAGGGCCGUCGUCUCCUCGGCUAGCGAGGCAGCAGAGCUCCUCCUUCGAGUCGACGACAUCAUCCGCGCCGCCCCGCGGAGGAGAGAAAGGCACUAA